AUGGUAGUAUGCACACUGGUCAGGACCCAGGAUGUCUACGAUAUCAUUUACAACGACAUUGGGUCCCUGCCAUGUGUCCGUUUAUUGAAUGCCACGGGGAGCAUAGGAUGCCAAUCUCUAAGUCCAGCUUCAGGAGUGCUAUAUAAAACAGAUACCCAGAAUGACAUCCAGCAGUUUGCGUCGAAUCAGGACCUCGGGAGCAAGUACACUAUUGUCAUGCCAUAUUGGCUGCUCACAAGCUCAAAUGUCGAGAUAUUACAAUCCUCGCAAAGGCUGGCAGCCAUUAUUGCAGUUGUUAAUGGGACAGACUCGGCGCAUGCUCCAGCAGCUCGGCCAACAAAUAUCAAUUCAACCGACAGCACAUGCCCCAACUGCGAGUUUGGUUUGUAUGCCGGCUCUGCAAACCAGUACCAAUGGAAUCCCACGGGCACAGGAUUGCUUUAUCAGAGUUUCGACUUCCCCAUCUAUGCCUUGAACACAAUGGAUGAUCGCAACACCAUGUCUUACAACGCUGUUAUCCAGGCCGCCAAUAUGAAUCAGUUCAAGAGCUACAGAAGCUACCCCUUAAAGGCGCUUCAGUUUCAUUCGUUUAUGUGGGCUGCACAAGACGCAGGGACAUGUCUCCGCAAAGGAUGGUGCACGCCUGUUGGUGGGGCCUCUGUUUGGUCGACACCUUCGGCAAAUAUCUCAUCGACUGAUGGCAAACCAAUCGUGGUCGUGUCGGCUGCAAUGGACUCCCGCUCGUUGUUUCACGAUCUCACCAUCGGCGUGGAGUCGUCCAUAACAGGGAUGGUGACCUUGCUCGUAGUUGCAGAGGCCCUGAGUCGGUCAUCUAUUCCCCUAGAUUCGAUGCAGAAACAUAUUCUAUAUACCCUAUUUACAGCAGAGGCCUGGGGACUCAGUGGAUCGCAGCGCUUCGUGCAGGAUAUCUCGAAUCCAGUGAACUGCAUCAAACCUCCAACUUCAGGAUCGGGAUGCGCAUAUCCAUUCUACUCUGAUCUAGAUUUUCAACGCCUUAAUCCUGCCAACAUUGAUUCGAUCUUGGAGGCUGGUCAAGUCGGAAGCAUUAGAUUACCCAGCGGGACUGCACCAUCGCUGUAUGCUCACAUCGACAACGUACAGGGAGCUACCUCAGAGAGCCUUUUAAAGCAAGUUGUUCAGGCUGGAAGUAGUGCAGGCAAUUCCACUGGAACAUCCCCGGUGAUUUCAGUGCAGGCCGCCAGCUCGGAUGGUUCGCAGCGGGGAUUACCUCCUUCGAGCGCCAUGGCCUUCUUGAAGUCUCGGGGCAACAUUCCAGCCGUGGUUGUGACGGACUACCAGAAGCAAAUGAGUCAGCUCACUAGUCAGGAUUUGGACGAUUCGUGGGAUCCUGUGAAUACUGUGCAGACGAUCCAGCAGGCUGCCACGGUUAUCUCGAGAACAGCCUGGCUCCAAGCGCAGGGAGUGAGCGAUGCAAGUCUAAUGUCUCCAGCACAACAGCAGGCAAUCGGGAGCAUUCAGGUCGACGGCCAAUUGGUUCAGGAUUUGCUGCAAUGCUUGGCCAAAAACUACUCCUGUCCCUUGAUUGAUGGGUAUCUCAAUGUUACUGCCUCUCCAACGCCUCCAACGCGGCUGCCCCACUACACCGGAACACUUUACAGUCAAUCUCAGCCCUUCCCCAUCUUUGCUUGGAGUUUCCUUGCCAACAUGACGAGUGUCAAGAACGCAAACUCGACGGCAUCGCGCGUUACUGGCUGCAGUUCCCGCCCAGGUGCUGUGCAAUGCAAGGCUAACGAGUUCUGCGUGGGCGAUCAGUGUAUCACGACGUUGACACGCUAUCACGACGCUUUUGGCACCGGUAUCGCCAUGGCUGAAGACAACAGCUAUUACAUCAAGGACGCUUCGAAGCCCACCUGGACUGAGAGCACAUGGGACCCUGUGGGUCUGCGGUUGUUUGACGUGACAUCCCCUGCAUCGCAAAAGGGCGAGCUGGCAACGGGUAUCAUCCUGACCUUGGUCAGCAUCGGGUUGGUCUGGUAUGCGCGCCGGUUCCUGAAAAAGUUAAAGCUUGAAUGA